UUUUUUUUUUUUUUUUUUUUUUUUGUAGUUUCUGGUACAUGUAUUUAGAGUUGUAAUUCAGUCUAAAAAGUGACAGUGUUAAAUCUAUCUAUGAGUGCUCCAACUAGAAUAACAUUCAUAUAUUGUAUUUUUUUAAUCUUAAGCAAAUAGCAUCUUUAACAGAAAUACCAGACGCCUACCAUGGCGCUUGCCGGCUGCUGGAGGAUUGCCCUGUAUAAAAAUGUCACAAGGCCACGAGUGUACCUCAGGUGUCCUGUCGUCUUUGGUCGGGCUUGCCCUGUUAGACCCGUGUGCAGUAGACCUGCCCCUGGCUUUGAGGACACGAUCUUCGCGUUGUCUUCUGGUAGAGGUCGGUGUGGAGUAGCAGUGGUGCGUGUGAGCGGACCAGAUGCAACCGGAGCUGUGCGCGCUCUGACCGGCCUGAAGCGCGCGCUGAUUCCCCGCACUGCGCUCCUCCGCAACAUCACACACCCCGCAUCUAAGGAGCUGCUGGACCGGGGCCUUGUCCUGUGGUUCCCAGGCCCUCACAGUUUCACUGGAGAGGACAGUGCUGAGUUUCACAUACAUGGAGGACCUGCUGUCAUUAAUGGUGUUCUACAAGCCCUGGGUAGCCUGCCUGGACUGAGGCCUGCCGAGGCAGGUGAGUUUACCCGACGCGCGUUCCAUGCUGGAAAGUUGGAUUUGACUGAAGUAGAGGGCUUGGGGGAUUUGAUCCAUGCAGAGACGGAAGCUCAGAGGAGACAAGCUCUCCGGCAGAUGGCAGGGGACCUCGGUCGCCUCUACAAUGACUGGAGUCAGCAUCUUAAGCAUUGUUUAGCGCACGUGGAGGCUUUCAUUGACUUCAGUGAGGGUGAGCUCAUAGAGGAUGGAGUCUUAAAUCAAGUGGACACGGCAGUAUCCAAGCUGCAAGUGGAAAUACAGACGCAUCUCUCUGAUGAGCGGAGAGGCGAGCGACUGCGCAGCGGUGUACAUGUGGUGAUCGCAGGAUCCACCAAUGCGGGCAAGAGCAGCCUUUUCAAUCUACUGUGCCAACGUCCUGCAGCUAUUGUGUCUCCUAUAGCAGGGACCACCAGAGACGUUGUGGAGACGCCACUGGACAUCGGAGGUUUUCCGGUCCUGUUGAGUGACACGGCAGGUUUGAGGGAGACAGAUGACAGCGUGGAGCGAGAGGGCGUCCAGCGUGCCCUGAAAAGGGUGGAAGUGGCAGAUCUGACACUGGUGGUCGUCGACUCGACACAGCUUCCUCAGGAGCCUCGGAUGGUGCCAGGUUUCCUGAACGACUACCUCAACAAUGUGCUGCCAAAAAAGAUGGAGCAGGGUCACGUGCAGCAGUGUCUCCUGAUCAUUAACAAAAGUGACCUCUUGCCUAAUGAACACAUGAGCAUCAUCCAGAGAGCCCUCAGUGACGCGUUCACUGCGGCUGCAGUCAGUAUUCUGUCGUGCAGUACCGGAGCAGGACUGACUGAUUUCUUGAAAAUGUUGCAGGAGAGAGUUAAGACAAUGUGUGCGGAUCCGCUGGUCGGCAGCCCGAGUCUAACUCAGACCCGCCAUCGGACUAACCUGCAAAAGAGCAUUGAGGCCUUGAGUCAAUAUCAUAAGUACAGAGAUGUGGACCUGGCGCUGGCCGCAGAGGGACUGCGAUUAGGCCUUACCUGCCUGGGUAGAAUCACUGGCAAGGUUGGCACUGAAGAGAUCUUGGAUGUGAUCUUUAGAGAUUUUUGCAUUGGGAAAUAAAUACAGCACUGUUCACAGUC